AUGGGGGUGACUCCGGAACCUGCUGUCCAGGGGGACAUCGAUGGCCCCGUCCAUCCUCUGGGCCAAACUGCUGCCGGGGGACAGCUGCCCCCAGCCUCAGUGCUCCCUCCUCUCUCCGCAGUGAUCUGGCGGUUCGUGCAGGGCAGGAGGAGCAGCCGGCAGGCGGUGCUGCUGCUGGGCCUCUGCGAUGCGGGGAAGACGCUGCUCUUCGCCAGGCUGUUGACAGGCAAAUACCGUGAUACCCAGACUUCGAUAACUGACAGCUCUGCAGUUUACAGAGUCAGCAAUGACAAGAGUGCUAACGUGACCUUAAUUGACCUUCCGGGCCAUGAGAGUUUGCGGCUUCAGUUCUUGGAGAGGUUCAAGGCCGCAGCCAGAGCCAUUGUGUUUGUGGUGGACAGUGUGGCCUUCCAGCGGGAGGUGAAGGAUGUGGCAGAGUUCCUGUACCAGGUCUUGGUCGAUAGCACUGUGCUCAAAAAUGCACCCGCGCUGCUGAUCGCUUGCAAUAAGCAAGAUGUCACAAUGGCAAAAUCAGCAAAACUUAUUCAACAUCAGCUGGAGAAAGAGCUCAACACCUUACGAGUGACCCGCUCUGCAGCCCCCACCAGUCUGGAUGGCUCAGCCACCGGCAGCCCUGCCCAGCUGGGGAAGAAGGGCAAGGAUUUUGACUUCUCCCAGCUACCCAUGAAGGUGGAAUUCGUGGAGUGCAGCGCUCGGGGCAGCAAGGGAGAGGAGGGAGAUGCGGAUUUUGAAGGCCUUGAGAAGUGGCUGGCCAAGAUUGCCUGAACGGAGAAGGGCAGGGCUGGAAGGAGACACUUGGGGAGACUGGGGGGCGGGACACUUGGGGACUGAAAGGAAAAGGAUUGUCUGAAGCACUCAAAUCUCAUCUUGCUGUAGAAAGAAAAAAGCUGGAAAUCAACAUUGUGGUAUCUUCCUCAUGGGCUUGGGAGCAACAUGACACAAUUGCUGCUGUGAUUUCCUCUCUGACUGUCUCUUCACACUGGAGCUUUUUUUCCCCUCUUCCUUUGUAUUCCUCUGGGGUGCUGACCCUCUGAGCUUCUGUGUUUCCUUCAUCUUUAGGCUUUUCAUUUGGUGGUUGCCAAACAAAUUAGGAAGGAGUGCACUGCCAGGUGAGUUUUAGAGAUUGCAGUGCAUGUUGUCUUUGCCUUGGUUUAGCAUCGCGGUCCUGUUGCCUCUGGGAGCUGCUCUCCUGAUUUGGACUUCCCCAGCCUCUUGCUGCCUGGGAGCACCAUAUCCAUCACCUGUGCUGCCCUUGCAGAGUGCACAGACUCUAUCGGUUGGGCAGUAGCUGAGGAGAUUAGAAAAGCUGUUUUCCUCCGUGUCUCCUACCUUCCUGUUCUUCCAAACUGGUGCAGUCCCAUUGCUGUGGGACUGGAGUGGUCUUUUAAAUGCCCAAACCAGGCUGGCUGCUCUGCUUUUGUGUGCUGCCUGUGUCCAGCUGCGGUGCCCCUGUCUUUGGGUGAUUUCCACUGUUGGACAGUUCUUGGGAGUUUUUCUUUAACUGAGGGCUGUGUCCUGAAAGCUUGUUUCACUCUGCUUCUCCUUCCCAUACUUGAGGCUGCUCUUCCACAGAUAUGUAAGCACACUGCAAGUGGCAGAGUUACAGUAGAGUGUCUUAGCUUGAAAUGAUGAGGUGGGUGCAGUUUUAGAUUCAUACCUACAUUCCGUGUGAGAAUCUGGUAUGACAGACGUUUGCUGUGCACUCCCCUGCCUGUCUCCUGCUCCAGUGACUGCAGUUAAGAUCUUUUUUUGUGUGUAAUCAGUCAGCAGUUGUGGUAAACUGAAAGUCAAGGAGCUGCUAGCACAUUAGUGUGAAUCCUCCUCCUGAGGAAGAUGCUCAAUGAAGGAAAGAACUGUGAGAUUUUCCCAGUUGGCUCUCAUUUGCCUGUGGUGUUUAAAGCCAAAAUUGCUGCUGUGUGUGGGGAAGGUUGAGGGAAUGCCUGUCCUGUAGCUGUCUCAGUGGCUCAGGAGGCUGCUUGUAGGCUUGGCGCAUUGGAGGGCUCUGAUUCAGCAUGGAACUGGCCGAGGGACAUGUGCUCUCCUCCUUCCCCAUGUCGAUUAUCUACAGGGAGAUCUUCCAGCAGUUUUGGUGUUAGUCAGGUGGAGUCAAGACCCUGGUGCUGUGCUGGGCAUUCAGCUUCCCCUUCCUGAACAGCCUUAAGCCCUGCCCAGCAGCUUCAGACAGCUUUGUGGGUGUCACUUCUGAGCAGCACCUACAUGAGGAUGAUUGCUCUCCACGUUGCAUAGCGUGAGGUCCUCUGGCAUUGAAAUUUUGCCUUUUUGUUGCUUCCCCUUUUGUUUUAGGGUAGGAUGGAGUAGCUGGCUCCUGAUAGACCCUCUUUGUCCUUUGCAGGCUCCUCUUCUGUCUGGUUUGAUGCUUCAUCAUUCAGCUGAUCUAUUGUGUUCUUUUCCUUUCUGUCUGGGGCAUUCUCUGCCUCCCUGUGGCAUUGCCAAGUGUUAGUAGCAUUGGGAAGAGCAAGAGCACCCUUCCUCAAGGACCUGUGCUCGUGGCAGAGCUGGGCCUUGCAUUUCUAGUCCUGUGAACCCAGUGGCUCUUCUGCUAUCCGUUCAGGAGGUGGGGAGGGUUAUAUUUACGGAGUGUUUAUAUUCUACUAUUACCUGCAGCCAGAGUGUUGUUGGAACAUGUUUGUCAUGCUUUGAACUCUAGCUGGAGCUCCUUCCUAGGCCUUGCUUUGACUCUAUAUUGCUGACAUGAGAAUAUUGCUGUUUCUUUGGGUGGUUAUCCUGCUUGCAAAGACCUGUCUCCUUGAAAAGCAGAGGCCAAGCACCAGCCUCUGCUGGGGUAAGGGGGGAAGGUAGCUUGAGGCCAUAAUUGGUUUUAAGUUAUUCUAAGUAUUCCUUAAAUAAAAUGUUUUUGCUUAA